CUUGUAGAAUCCCUAUUGGUGAAGGAUAUCACGAAUUUAUUUAGUUGCAUGAAUCACAAUAAGUAUCUUGCCAACAAUAUUUGGUUGAUUGGUCAAAUACAAAAGUGCUCUGAAUUCUUUAAGUAUAUGAUAUUUGCUACUGAUAAUGCCUGAUUUUGGUACUGGAAAGAAGAGAUUUACAGAGUCAAAUAUGUGUUUCACCAAUUUAAUCAGUCAGGAUACACCAAAUCUUUCAAAGAGCAAUCAAUAUUUGACUUCUGAGGUUCUUGAUGAAGAGGAUAGUCCCAUUCUACCUGGGCUACCUGAUGAUGUGGCAAAGCAUUGCCUUGCACUUGUGCCACGUGCCAACUUCCCAGCUAUGGGCGGUGUCUGUAAGAGAUGGAGGUCGUUUAUUCAGAGCAAAGAAUUUAUCACUGUGAGGAAGUUGGCUGGCGUGCUUGAGGAAUGGCUUUAUAUCUUAACUACGGAUAGUGAAGGAGGGGAAAGCCAUUGGGAGGUUCUGGAUUGUCUUGGCCAGAAACACCGUUCUCUUCCACCAAUGCCUGGUCCAGUAAAGGCCGGGUUUGGUGUGGUGGUUCUUGAUGGAAAGCUUCUUGUUAUGGCCGGCUAUUCAUUGGUUGAUGGAACUGGCUCUGCCUCAGCAGAGGUUCACCAGUAUGAUUCUUGCCUCAACAGUUGGGGCACAUUGCCAGACAUGAACGUGGCUAGGUAUGACUUUGCUUGUGCUGAAGUCAAUGGCUUGGUUUAUGCUGUUGGAGGCUACGGAGCGGAUGGAGAAAGUCUCUCCAGUGCUGAGGUGUAUGAUCCUGAUGCUUCAAAAUGGACACUGAUUGAGAGCCUUCGUCGCCCGAGAUGGGGUUGCUUCGCAUGUGGAUUUGAGGGAAAGCUGUAUGUGAUGGGUGGAAGGUCAAGCUUCACAAUUGGCAACUCCAAGUUUGUGGAUGUCUAUAACCCUGAAAAGCACAGCUGGUGUGAGAUGAAGAAUGGUUGCGUGAUGGUCACGGCACAUGCAGUACUGGGGAAGAAGCUGUUCUGCAUGGAGUGGAAGAACCAAAGGAAGUUAGCAAUAUUCAAUCCAGAGGAUAAUUCAUGGAAGAUGGUGCCAGUCCCAUUGCCCGGGAGCUCAAGUAUUGGAUUUCGAUUCGGGAUACUGGAUGAGAAGCUGUUGCUGUUCUCACUGGAGGCCGAUCCUGGAUACAGAACUCUGUUAUAUGAUCCAUCUGCAGCCCCAGGAUCAGAAUGGCAGACUUCUGAGAUAAGACCGUCUGGUUUGUGCUUGUGCAGUGUAACAAUCAGGGCAUGAAAUGGAAGACUUGAUGGAGGAGUUGGAAACUAGAGUUCUGCUUUCUUCGUUUUACUGAUAUGAACGAAGGGAGUGAGGGUUUCUCGGUUUAGACUCUAGAUUUCAUAUAUUUCUCUGCAUGUAUCAUCGCUCCCUCUUGAUGUCUUUGGCAUGUGUGGGGGGUUAUUUUAGUCGAUAUGUUUCUCAUCAAUGACUGUUUGAUCUGUACUUUUCAGAUUAUGAUUAGACGCUUGCCUUGUUCGUGAUA